AUGCCCGUACCCUUUGGAGUAUCUGUGGGCGACUUCGUAAGCGGCAUCCAAUUCAUCUACUCGAUUAUCGAGGCUGCCGAUGCAACAACUGGCUCCGUAGCUCAAUAUCAAGACGUUCUCGCCGCACUACAAAGUUCCCAAGAUGCAUUGCAGCAUCUACAGACGCUCUCACCAACUGGUCCCAAUAAGCAAGCUGUCACGGCGAUUCUGGACCGUUAUAGAAAGACCGUAAUUGCCUUCGGGCUCGCGAUAUCUGGUUACGAGAAGUCUUUCACGUCAAACCCAGCCAAGAAGUGGUGGCGCUGUCUUCCCAAGAAGGUCAAGUGGCAGCGCGCAUCUAUCGAGAAAGUACAGCUCUUUCGCUCCGAGCUGCAUGAACAUACCCAGGCAUUGCUCCUGAUAUCGCACUGUAUUGAACGGAGUAGGGGCCAUAGACUUGACUCGCAUACACAAACCACCAACGACUUGGCCGCUCUCCGAGACCAAGUAGACAAGCAAGCUGGUUUACAUCGCACCAAUCAGACAGCCACUGAACGAUGUCUCGGAGAACAGCACAAUCUACUUACUACAAUCAGCUCGAACGUAGAGCGCCACCUCGAACGACAAGACGAUGCUUUGGAGGAGCAGCAAAGUAUACUCACCACACUCAACACGACUGUUGACAACCGACUGAUUCAUCAAGACAACAUUCUUCAGCGGAUCACAGCCGUGGUCCUAAAGAAUCAGGAGUCUCUCCACGACCUACGGGCGGCAUUGACUCUGCUGUUCGUGUGUCUGAUGAGCAUGAUGAACCUCAUGAGUCGCAUGCUGGAGGCUAUUCCGCAAAGGAUAUUGACCAACGGCGCGGUGAUAUUCGAGGACGCACACGCCUUCACGUAUCCCAUCUACACCCAAUUCAUGGACUCCUGGGAUGCAAGUGCCUAA